UUAUCAAUUUCACAAACUAUCAAUUAUUUGAUUUUUUUUUUGCUCCAAAAACUGGAGCAAUUGGGCAAGGUUUUACUUUGACAGAUAAAAAAUAGUGUCACUUUUAUUUACAUUAAAAAUAAACAAUAAACAAAAAUAUUUUGACUAUAAAAUCAACAUAAACAUCUAACAAUAAUUUAAAAAACAAAACCAAACAAAAAUGCAGUGUAAUGAAUUUAUAGGAGAUUGUGGUGCAUCAUCAACAACAACAACAACAACAUCAACAAAUGAUGUUGUUGAUGGUUGUCCAGUUGUCAUCAAUAAAACUGGUUUACCAUGUGGUGAAAUAUCAGGUCUUGAAAUCCUCGAUGAAUUUCGUGAACUAUACAAAGCUAGAAUAAAAAAUAUUGAUAAACAUGAUGAUAAAUCAUCAGAAUUAAAAAUAAAAAUAAUGACUGAAUGGAUUAGAGAUCUUGAUGAACAAAAUACAAUGCUUGUUAAGACAGUCAAAGAGUUGGAAGAUGCAGCUUGUUCAAGAGUCAAAGUAUUGGAGCAUAAAUUACAAGAAACAUCUGGUAUAUUAUCAAACAGCAUGACACAAAUUGGCAAACCAUCACAAGACACACUCAAUGAUCUUGCCCAGAGAAUUAAUUAUCUAGAACAAGAAGAACAGACUCUAAAAAAUAAUAUUGAAUAUUUAAAUUCUGAUAUCAGAGGAUUGAUUCAACUGUUGGAAAGAAUUUCGACAAAAAAUCAUUGGAAUUUAGAGGGAAUUGAUUUCUUUUCAAUCAACAAAAAUGACAUUCCAAUUCCAAAUGAAUGGACAUCUGGACAGGUAAAAAAAUAUCAAAAACCUAGUAAUAAACAACUUCGUAUAAUACUUGAAGUUGAUAAUAAAAUUGUAAAUUCAUUAACACCAUCUGUACCAUCAAGAUGUGAUUGUCAAAGUGAAUAUACUAUUCAUUCAAAUUCAAAUUCUCAAAGUCCUCUUGGCGGGGGAGAUGAUGAUAAUGUUGAUAAAAUUGAAUAUCAAAUGGAGCUACAUCAUCGAAUUGCUGAUCUUAAUAAAAUAAUACAAAACAAGGAGGAAAAAAUUCAAAUUUAUAAAAGUAAAUUUGAAUUACUCAGGGACAAGUUGAACAAACGUCAGGAAGUCGAUGGCUCUGAUGAUGAUAUCAUACAAAUGUUGGAACUCGUGGGUAGUGAAUUAAACAAAGACAAGAGUAAUGAAAAUUCCAUUGAAGAUGUUGAUUGUCUCAAGUUUAAAAUUGAAGAUAAAACAAGGAUCAUACAAGAAUUAACUGAUCAAUUAAAUAAACUGGAAAAGGAAAGCUUAGAGACACGAGAAGCUCUAGCUGUAGAAGUUGCUGAAAAACAUGAUUCAAAUAUUCGUUUUAAAAAUGAACUUACUGAUCUUGGAGAAAAUUAUAAUCUUGUUACAAAAAAACUUAAAUAUCAAGAUGAAUUAAUUAAAAAAAUGCGUGAUCAAUCAUCUUCAAAUAAUAAAAAAAUAGAUGAAAAUAAAAACGACAAUAUUAUUUCAAGUCUUGAAAAAAUAAAAAACAUGAUGGAGACUGAAAGUAAUUGUUUGCUUAAUUUAAAACAAGAAUUUUUUACAAUACAUCCAAUAUUUAAUAACAUGGAAAAAUACAAAAUUGAUUCAGAAGAAUUUAUAACAAGUAUAAAUAAAUUAUCAAAAAAUAUUGAUAAAUUAUCAAGUAUAUGUCUUGAAAAAACAAAAUCAAUUAUUGAAUUUGAAUAUGUUCUUCAAGAAGUUAGAGAAAAUAAAAAUAUUAUUAUUGAAAAUGACAUAGAAAUAACAAGAGAACAAUUUGGCUUAAUGGCUGAAUUUCGAUUAUGCACUGUUGAAGUACAAGCAUCAACUGAAGAUAUUAAAGAUGAAAUUGAAGAAAUAUUAUCAUGUUUAAAAUCUCGUAAUAAUGUUUUUAUUGAAUUAAAAAAAUUACUAUCAAGUACAAAUAAUAAUAUACAUAUGAAAAAUGAUAAUAUAAAGAAACUAAUUAAUAAUUUAAAAGCUGAUCAUGAUGAAAAAAUGGAAAACAAAAUGAUGAUAGUAUUGCAAAAGUCAAAUUUAAAAGAUAUUGAAAAUGAAAUGAUUGAAAUGUUUAAUAGAAUUAAAAAUAAUACACCAGAUAAUGCUGUUUUGUUGUUGAUAAAAAAAGCUCUUGAUACUAUUGAUAAUAUAAAUUGUAGAUUGAAUGUGUUUGUUACAAAAGAGACUGAAGGAUUGUCAUUGUUUAAUGAUGCUAAUUUGUUACUUGAUGAUGUAAAUAAAAACACAAACACUUUAGAAACUGAGAUAAAACAAGUAUUAAUUAAUGACGGAGUAAUUGAAAAAAUUUUUACUGAUAGAUUUAAAAAACUUGAUAAGAUUGAGAGUGAACUUGAUUACGCACACACAAGAUUGCAGGAUAAUUUAGAAAAUAUUAUUGCUAUGAGUGAACGAGCUGCUGCUGAUGAUGAUGAUGAUGAUAAACCAGUUAAAAAAAUGAAAAUUGAACAACUUGUUGAAUCGUUGUCAUCAAAAGACAAACUUUUGGAACAUAAAGAAGAGAUUAUUCGUAUUCAAAAAAGCUCUAUUCAAGUAGCUGAAGAGGAACUUAAAAAUUUAGAUGAACGAUUGCAAAUGAAGAUUAAUGAGCAAGUUCGAAUUAUCAAUAAUUAUCUAGAAGAAAAAAAACAUUUAAUAGAACAGAGUCAACUACAAAAUCAAACGAUAAGACAUUUGCAAGAUGCUUUGGUUGAUGCAAAAAAAGGCUUAUCAAAAAGUCCAAUAAUUUCUCAUCGUGAUAAUAAAACACCAACUGUGUUCAACAAUAACGAUAUACAAGAAAUAUAACAUAUUAUAAAUAAUUAAUUUAACAUAAAAACAUAAUGCAUUUGUUGUUAUAAAUAAUACCAAUUGUAAAUAAAUAAUAAAAUCAUGAAAUUCAAA